AUGCACUCUACACGCCUCCCGCUCUUCUAUGCGCGCAUCAAGAGAUCCGAGCGAACGCACCGCGUCGUCCGCGGAGUCGGCGUUCGUGAUGGGCGCGACCGGGGGCGGGUGGGGCGGCGCGGAGCGGCGCGCGGGGGACGCGCGCGCGGCGGGGCGGCGCCGGCGUGGGCGGGGGCCCGGGGCGCGGGGCGCGGCUGGCGGGCGACGUCUGGGGCCGCGGAGGACCGGCCCGUCGACGGCCGGGCGGUCGGGCGGGUAGAUCGAUUGAUGCUGUUGCCUUGUGGCCGGAUGAGAAGAUCUCGACCUAUGGAGCACGCGGCGCGCGGGCGGGGAGACAUCAGGCUGGGUGUGCGAAGACGUGGCGGAGUCAACCGCUACGCCUACAGCGGCUGGCGAACAACUCGUUUGCGAGAUGGGCGUCGUCGGCAGCGAGAGGGAAAUUCAGUGACAACGGGUAUACGUGAUUCAGAAGAUUCAUCAGAGAGUAGUAAUACUACAGAAGUGCUUCGCUACCUAUUGGCGCAUAGUGGAACUACAUGUAUCACAGAGUAACUGGAGUAAGUUUCUCCUUGCAUCGUGGACGCUUCGCGUACUGCGCAUGUGCAAGUUUUGGCAGUUGUUAUUCAAAUGCUUGUUGAGGCUUGUUCAAACGGCUGAGUACAGCCAGUGUGCGACUGAGAUAAAGGUUUGUUAUUGUGACAUUUAAAAUGUGGAGCAGGAAGCGGAUGUCGGUGACUUACACACCUAGGUCAUUAAAAAGACCUACAUCAUUAUUCAAGAGACGUAUUUCUACAGUAGAAAAACCAUCUUCGAACAUUAAUGUAGUGGUUCGUGUUCGUCCACCGAACGACAAAGACUCCACAACCAGGCAAGUUGUACAAGUUCUGGAUGAGAAUUGCCUUGUAUUUGAUCCCAAGGAAGAUGAAGGGGAUUUCUAUGUUGGUGGACUGAAACAGUUGAACAGGGAUAUGUUGAAAAAACGGUAUAAAAACUUGGAAUUUCAAUUUGAUAAAGUGUUUGAUCAAGAUUCUAACAACCAGGAAGUAUUUGAGGGAACUACACAAAAUCUUAUUUCUUCACUUCUGGACGGAUUUAAUUGUUCAGUUUUUGUUUAUGGUGCCACUGGUGCUGGUAAAACUUACACCAUGUUGGGAAACAAAGAAACUCCUGGAAUUGCUUUUCUUACAAUGGUGGAACUGUACAAGAAGAUGGAAGAAAAAUCAGAUCACAACUUUGAUUUGAAGAUUUCUUAUCUUGAAGUAUAUAAUGAAAUGGUGAAGGAUUUAAUUUGCCCGUCUGGACCACUCCACUUAAGGGAUGACGGAAAAGAUGGUACUGUUAUUUCUGGCAUUAAAACCCAUCGUAUUGAAAGUGCUGAAGAAUUAUUUAAGAUGCUCGAGUUUGGGAAUCGCAAUAGGACCCAACAUCCUACUGAUUCAAAUGCUGAGUCAUCUCGCUCACAUGCUGUUUUUCAGGUACAUUUGUGCAUCACGCACAAAUUAAGUGUGGAAACAAAAAUUGCCAAGUUGACUAUGAUUGACCUGGCAGGAUCUGAGCGUGGGGCUGCUACUGGUGGAAAAGGAGUGAGAUUUUCUGAGGGUUCAAAUAUCAACAAAUCUUUGCUGGCGCUAGGAAAUUGUGUUGAUGCUCUUGCAGAAGGUCACAAACACAUCCCAUAUCGAAAUUCAAAGUUGACUCGAAUUCUAAAAGAUUCUCUUGGGGGAAACUGCAAAACUGUUAUGAUAGUAAAUGUUGCUCCCUCAAGUAUUGCUUAUGAGGAGACAUUCAACACUCUUAAUUAUGCCACAAGAGCUAAAAAAAUCAGUAAUAGGGUUCGCAGGAAUCUUAUGAAUGUGGAUAUGUCUGUUGCUCAGUAUAAAAAAGUUAUUGAGGAAUUAAAACAGAGAAAUCUUGAUUUAGAAAAUGAAAUUCAGAGUUUGAAAGAAGGUAAAAUUAAUCAAAGUGAUAGGAAGGGAUUUGAUUCCGAGUCAUGUCCUGACAUUGCAAAAGGUAGACAAGUGUUACGGUGCUUAUAUGAAUUGGAAGGGAAAUACAGAAAAGAAUUAUUGAUGUAUCAAGUAAAAAUGAAAACAACUGACUGGAGAAUUUAUCAAAAGCAAGUAAUAAGUGAAAGAUUUCAGAUAUUUGAAUACAUGUUGGGUGAAGGAAAGAGUCAGUCACGAGUGGAUGAUUCUAUAGCAAAGCUAAAAAUUCAAAGGAAAGUAUACAAAGAGAAAGUGAAAUCGAUUCAGAAGUUGCUGAAAGAGAAAAAGAAUUUACGGGAAGUAGCAUUGAAAGAUAUUAAAGCAAAAGGUCUAAUAGAAGAACUUCAGAAGGAUAUAGAUCACUUUUCAGGAAAGAUGAAAGAGAACGACUUCGAGAUGCAAGUAAAAUACUACAAAGACCUUUUAUUGAAACAGCAGCAUGAAAUGACCAAUUCAGACAGAAUUAUUACUCAAAUAUGUAAAUCUAUGGAUUAUUAUUACUCUGUUCUCAAUGGUUCUGGAAAGGUAACUGACCAGAUGAAAGAAGAGUACUUGAGUCUUGUACAACAACUUUCAGGAAUAAAAGGUGUCAGUUGGGGGGAUGAACCUUGUGAAUACACCAUGCUGCAGAAGGUAAUGGAUCUAUCCUUUGUUUCGGAUGACUCUAGAGCAGAAUGCUCUCCCCAAAAAUGUGAUUUGGGUGCCAAAGUAGUUCCUGAAGAUGUGUCAUUCAAGAAUAGUGCCUGUCUCUCCAGCCCUGUUAAAGAUGCAAGUCCACCAGGUGAUAAUUAUCGUGUCCCAUCAACUCCUUCAGUGGGCCUUUGUCGUAUUGCAGAGUAUCUUUCACCUGAUGGGGAUGAUUGUGAGAAUGUUUCACCUUGUAAAGAACAAAAUCCCAUCCAGAAAGCAAUUCCUUCAUUAGAGUCAUCUUCAAAAGCUGAUUUUAAUAAGACUUUUUCAGUGGAUCCGUUUUUGGACUGUGAAGACUGUAUUGCAAAAUCUGUGACACGCCUUGAAACUGUCCAUGAAGAAACUCCCAAUUCUGUUGUUUUGAAACAUAAAGUGAGCUCAAGUGCACUUAACACUACAUUUGAUUCCCAGACAAGUGAAUGUGUUAAUGAAGAGAAGACACCUGAAAAUUGUUCAGAGUCCUCUCCAGACACUCUUUCUCUCAAUACUACUUUCACAAAGGAUACUCCUUCCCCUGGUCUCAGCUCCAAUGCAAUCUGUGUUAAUUCAUCAGGAAGAAAAGACUCGUCUCACAGCAUUCAGACUUGUUCAUCCUCAGUGAUCAAGCCCAAACCUCAAAUGAUUCGAUCAAAUUUACCUAAAAUAAGAAGUGCUUCUUCUAGUAGAAGCAUGGUAAUGAGUGCAGGUUCAUGCCGAAAACCUAGUACCACUGGCUUUGGAAGGCAACCAGUUACUAACUCAACUCUCAAAGACAAGCUUCAAGUUCAGCCUGAUAAAUUCAAAAUCAGACCUGGGGCGACAAUCAAAAUUCAGUACAAUGUUCUCUCAGACAAGAACAAGAUUGUUCCAAAAGUCCCAGUCUCAAAAAGUAAUUCUGGCCUAAAGAAUGGAUCUUUACAAGAAAGAAAUUCACUUAGAACACAAUUGAAAGAAAACAGAACAAUAGAAACUCUGAAAAGAAAUUCUCCACUUAUUUCUCCUAGAGUUCGAGCUGAUAUUUUGAUGACUAACGAAUUCAGAUUGGCUCCUGUGAUUACACAAGUCAAGAAGAUAUGCUUGUAAAUAUUGUUGAGAAGUAUUGUAGUGCUGAAGAUAUGUAUAUUGAGUCACUCCAUUUCUAUAUUUUAGUGGAAAGUCUAUACCACUCUAAAGUGGUGGUACCUAAGCUUACCUUUUUCUCAAACUUAAAUAUGAUUACAUUUUUUCAUAUAGUUUUAUAUUGCCUUUUGAAAAGAUGUGAAUUUUAGAAGAAUUUUAUUGAUGUGUAAAUAUUAUAAUGAUUUUCAAAACAUUGUAAAUAUGUACAAAUACUGGUGAUAUAAAAUAGAAAUUAUUUUUUAACUUUAUAGAGAGAGAUUUUAUGUAGUCUGAAACUAUGUAUUCCCUGUAUAUUUCAUAAAUAAAUAAAACUAUUAAUUG